UUAGAAUGACACUAGAGGCGCUGCGGAUAGCCUAGGCUGGGAUCCAGGGAAAAGAUCGAAGUAAUGUCUGCUCUGUGUGUAAUGGGCAAGGCAAGACGCUUCGUCCAAGAAUGGCUUAAAGACUUGUUGUACAUUUAUUAGUUGCGUUUGUUUGGUGAAAUUUUUCUGUUUUGGACCAAAUUGCUAAUUGUUCUACAAGCUUCAAAAUGACUGAAGAUGAUAUUUUGUUUGAUGAAGCUUACGAGUUACAAGAAGUUAUUUGGAGGGGUUCAUGCAGUGUUAUUAGGCGCUGCACCCACCGGUUAACAGCACAACAUUUUGCUGUUAAAAUUGUUGAUGCAGCCAAAUUUACUGCCAUUCCGUCACUCACACUUGACAAUCUUAAACUUGAGGCCACCAUAUGCCACAUGCUUAAACACCCCCACAUAGUAGAGUUAUUAGAAACCUACAGUUCUGAAGGAAUGGUGUACAUGGUGUAUGAAUUGAUGGAAGGAGCUGAUUUGUGUAUAGAAAUUGUUAAACGUGCCACAUCUGGUUUUGUUUAUAGUGAAGCUGUAGCAAGCCAUUAUUUUCGUCAAGUGCUUGAGGCACUCCGUUACUGCCAUGAUCACGACAUUAUCCAUCGAGAUUUACGACCUCACAACAUUUUGCUUGCAAAUAAAGAAAAUUCGGCGCCCGUAAAACUAGCGGGUUUCGGAUGCGCUAAGCGUCUUACUGACGAAGAUGUGGUGACAUCAGGUCGAUUGGGAGAUAGCUUCUAUAUUAGCCCUGAAAUGGCUUUAAAUCGACCGCAUGGCAAAGCGUCGGACAUAUGGAGUGCAGGAGUAUUGCUCCAUAUUCUGCUGUCUGGAACACAACCUUUUUUGGGGACAGACGAAUCCUUGAGAUACACCAUCUGCAGUGGCGAGCUGCACUUCGAUGCUCCAGUCUGGGGAGCCAUUAGUGACCACGCAAAGGAUUUACUGCAGCAGCUUUUGUGCGUCGACCAAAACGAUCGUCUAUCGGUUCACGAAGCUUUGGAACACCGGUGGCUCAAGAAUCGAGACAAGUGCGCCUCCAGAGACCACCUCCACCUCACCGUAGAAGAGAUGCGCAUAUUCAAUGCUCGUAGGAAGCUCAAGAGUUUGAUCGUGGCCACGGCAAAUUCCAUCAAAUGGGGGCAUCCUUCUUUAGAUCCCAACUGCGACGCCUUUUCCGAUAUUGAUGAAGAUGAAUCAAUAUCCAACAAUGCUGUCAAUGCUGUCCUCGAUAGUAUUGACGAGAUCCAGUUUCUCCAGGAUACCCCAUGGAUUCAGCGGGAUGUGGAAAGCAUGCGACAAGUUCUUAAUAGUUCCAGACUUCAUUCACUCUUGACGUUGUACGACAAGAUCAGCUGUCGGGUAUCAACGUCACAUCGGUUAGCGACGUCAGAUGCUGUGAAACGAUACCGUCAUGCCACUGACGUCUUGCGGGAAUUACCGCGUUCAGUUCGUGAGACUCCCGACGUCCGAGAACUUCGUGAUGUUCUCUCUAACCCAUUUCUCAAGGCUUUGCUGCAAGCUCACGAUGUCAUUGGUUACGAAUUCUAUGGGGACGAUUCAGAAGGAGCCAGAGUGACACCGCCGCCUCUACUGCCACCCGUUUACCUUAGUCAUUCAUCCAUCGCUGGGUCAACAUCGAUGGGCGGUUUGUACGGCACCCACGCACUGGACGGUCUAACCAGACCAGACAGCAGUUUGGGCGGUGUAACUGGAGGAGCUGCCAAUGGAGAUGUUCAACCUUUAGAGCACGUCACUCGCGUCCGUUUGGUCCAGUUCCAGAAGAAUACCGACGAGCCGAUGGGCAUUACGCUGAAGGUUACGGAAGAUGGACGCUGCAUUGUGGCACGCAUCAUGCACGGAGGCAUGAUUCACCGGCAGGCGACUCUUCACGUUGGCGACGAGAUUCGUGAGAUAAACAGCAUGCCUGUAGCCAACAAGAGCGUCGACGCUCUUCAGAAAAUACUGCGAGAAGCCCGCGGAUCGGUCACCUUCAAGAUUGUGCCGUCGUACCGGAGCGCCCCGCCGCCUUGUGAGAUCUACGUCCGAGCCCAAUUCGAUUACGACCCGCUGGGAGACGACACUAUCCCCUGUGCUCAAGCUGGCAUUGCUUUCAAGACGGGUGACAUCCUGCAGAUUAUUAGCAAGGACGACAACCGAUGGUGGCAAGCCAGGAAGGACGGUGCCGGAGAGUUGGCACCCGCUGGAUUGGUCCCUUCUCCCGAGUUGCAAGAGUGGCGAAUCGCCUGUUCGACAGUGGAAAAGAGCAAACGAGAACAAGUCAACUGCUCGUUUUUUCCCAAGAAGAAGAAACAGUACAAGGACAAGUAUAUGGCCAAACACAAUACAGUCUUUGAUCAAAUGGACGUCGUGACAUACGAAGAAGUCGUCAAGUUGCAGUCCUAUCACCGAAGAACGCUGGUUUUGUUGGGGGCCCACGGCGUAGGUAGGCGGCAUAUCAAGAACACCAUGAUAGCCAACCAUCCCGACAAUUAUGCCUACCCGAUCCCUCAUACGACGAGACUGCCACGGAAAGAAGAGGAAAAUGGGAAAAAUUAUUUUUUCGUCUCGCAUGACGAGAUGAUGGCUGACAUUGCUGCCAACGAAUACUUGGAAUACGGAACCCACGAAGACGCCAUGUACGGUACAAAAUUGGAAACGAUACGAAGGAUACACGCCGACGGAAAGGUGGCUAUCUUGGACGUUGAACCCCAAGCUCUCAAAGUGCUGCGCACCGCCGAGUAUUCGCCGUUUGUCGUGUUUAUAGCCGCGCCUUCCGUUCAAAAUAUCAAUGACUACGACGGAAGUCUGGAGCGAUUGAUCAAAGAAUCUGCACUGUUGAAAUCUUCGUACGGACACUACUUUGACCUGACUAUCGUGAACAACGACAUUGAAGAAACCAUAAGAGUUCUGGAGCAGACCAUGGAGACGUUGCCGAGCAGUGCACAGUGGAUACCCGUGUCCUGGAUUUACUAAUGUACAGAUGUAAUCUAGCAACUUUAUAUUCUUAUUUCUCCUCCAUAUCUUUCUUUUUCGUUUCCCACUCUUGUUUCAUCCAACCUUAUCAAAUCACAAUGGAUCUUCUAUUCCUUCUAGAUCUUAGCGCAACACGUUAAAAAGUUGAUCAGCAGCUCAAAGUGAGGAAAUUCCGGAUAAAAGCGAGGGUUUAUUUGAAAGUUUUUUAGGAGGUUAAGUCUGCUGGCGGGCAAAAUGCGGUAGAGAGAGAGAGAGAGAGAGAAAGAAGGAAAUGGUUUUUAAUGCUUCGUUGUUUUUCGCCUGUUCACCGAUGAACAAAUCGGCGCAAAGUUUCAAGAUUUGUCUCGUUAUUCGACGAAAAAGGAAAAGAAAAAGGUUUUUGUAACCUUGGCCUCCUAAGUUACUCUUCUGCUUAACAGGAUGCGAUAGCAAUUCAAAACUUUUUAGAACAAGUUUCUGGCGACCGGCUGUAGCGAUUACGUUGAACACCUCCCCUGCCCUCUUCACUCCCGACCAUUUACACAAUCUCUAGCCGGUGCAGCUCAUUGAUUCCCAUUUGCUGGUUACACUUUUCCACGUCACCCAAUCCCCCCUCCCGCCCAAACAAAAAUCAAUUCGCUUUGUGAAUCCCUUCUCGCAUCGACCGGUCUGGGUGGGGUUGCCCCCCUUCUCUCUCAAAUCUUCAAAUCUGAUACGCGUUAGAAUUUCUUCCAUGUGUAAGUAAUUGUUUGGGUUUUAAAAAUUGACUGCCAUGCGAUGUACUGGUCGAUUGACAGCUUCAUUUCCCUCGAAAAAAACGGAAACUUGGCAUCUUCCAGCAGCGUGAGUCACGAAGACGACGAUAGCAAAUGACAAAACAUAAGACGGGUCGUUUUUGAUAGAAUCACAAAGCCUGUGCUUUUUUUCAAUCACAGGAUUUCAUUUUUUUUUGUAGCUAGGAGCUAAUAUAAGAUAGAUAAGACACUGUUAAUGUUUCUGUUAUCCUUUAACAUUAAAAACCCCCGAGCCCUGUCUUCCUUCUUGAAUCGCGGUCCCACUUGGUUGAUGGAAUAUGGUGUGGAUGAUGACACGCACAUAGUUCAGUUUCCUAUGCGCGGUUCAUUUCCACCAUACUCGGAAUCUUUUACCGGAAUCUGAAGUAUCUGAGCAAUAUGAUCGAAAUUGGUUGGAUCUGCCAGACAGCUGUAUUAUUACUGAAAGUGUUAGCAACAUCUUUCACCGUUCCAUCUCUCUUCCCCCCUCUUACCGACUUUUUUUUUUCGUUUCCUUUUUCAAUCUUGUGCACGAAAAAAUCCAGAUGUAAAUGUCAUUUUCAAUGUUGAAUCAAUAGGAUCUAUCUUUACAGUUUACAAGAGAAUGAGAGGCGGACAUUGUGUCGUCGACACUGCGCAUGUCUCAACUCCCCCGAAAAAAUCCCGGUUUCCCCUUUCCCCAUGUUCCCUCUAUUGCCAAAAGUAAGAAGACGCAUGGGGGAAAAAAAGCUGUUUUUUUAUGAACGUUCGUGCGACAAUUUUUAAAAAUGAUGCAGUUGUUGUAAUCAAAUCAAUCUGUUGAGAAAAUUUGAAAGUUGAGGGAAUGGAAGUUGCAGGAUUAUUCUUUAAGUGUGAGUUGGAAGAUGUGUAUUUCUGUAUGCAUACUUUGCAACCAAUGAUGUUCAGAAUUCUUUAUCUGAGUUGACUGAUGAUGUUUUACAAAAACAAAAAACUUCUUCUUCCCAUUCCUUUACUGCCCUUUGCCCCAAUAUCAUCACUUUUCAUCACUUGCUCUACACAAGUCGCAACAUCCAUUCAAAAAGGACAACGCCGUCUUGGUUGAUUUUUUAUUUUCAUUCCAUGGCGGCCACAUCAUUGUUGACUUCUCUUUUUCUUUUCCUUUUUUUUGAAUGUAUGACAUGAUUGCGAAGUUAUUACAAGAUAACACAACAAA